CGGUCUGGUUUAUCAAACGCUGACGUUCGUUAAACAUCAUCAUUUUUUUAGCUUUUGUUUUCCGUUAAUUAAUUCAGGUCAGUCGGUUAACCGAAUCACGUUUCUCUAUUCAGAGAAGCCAAACGUUUUCAGAUAUUUGUUGCACAGGUGUCCCACAAUCUCGUGGAUUUUCCCAGCCUUAUAGAACUGGAAUUCAUGCUAAGACGUUAUCUCCUCGCUCGUUUUUCUUGAAGCUUUUACGGUGGGCAAGAUGGCCGUCACUUCCUCCUCCUCCUCUUCAUCUUCUCUGAAACUACCUUCUCUCUCUCCUCUUCUCACUUCCAAGACUUUAACAUGGCUUCCCCAAUUACUCCCUCACCGGCAGCAAAGGCCCUAUCUUAGCCUCGUGAUGACCUCCCCUUCGCCUCAGCAGAUUUUCAGGACACAUGCUUCAAAAUCCUCUUCCACUUCUUUUCUUGCUUUUGAUCAGAUAAAAGAGGACGUUCCUGCCGGUGUUGAAGUGACUGAAACUAAAGAGCCAGGUUCUAGAGUAAGGCUAAGCGCAAGUGUUCCUCCAAGUGUUUGCCAAGAGUAUUAUAAUAGGGUUCUGUUAGAGUUUGCGAAGCAGACAAAGGUUCCUGGGUUUCGUCCUGGAAAGAAGAUUCCAGAUAAUAUUCUCAUCAAUUAUUUAGGCAAGCAGAAUGUUCUACGAGCAACAAUUGAGGCAAUUUUGAAGAGGACUCUGCCUCAUGUUAUGUCUUCGGUUGAGGGAAGGGCACUGAAAGAUUCUGUUCGCAUUAAGACCAAAUUUUCUGAUUUAGAGGAAGACUUUUCUCCUUCAGAAUAUCUCAGGUAUGAAGUUGUGGUUGAUGUGGCUCCGGAAGUCAAAUGGAUCUCUGAGGAUGCAUACAAACACCUAAAAGUUGUCGUUGAAAUAGAUCAGGAAGUAAUUGCAGAAAAAGCUUCUGAAACCGAGCUAAGCCGUCGUUAUAAGGCUAUAGGCCCAAUGAGGAUUGUAAAUGAUAGAGGCUUACAGCUUGGAGAUGUUAUUGUCCUUGAUAUAUAUGCUAACAUGGUAAAGGAAGAUGAAUCCACUGGUGAAAGCAUCCCAUCAGCUGAGAGCAAGGGGUUUCACUUGGAUACGGAAGGAGCCGAUAACCUUCUUCCUGGAUUCCUUGACUCAAUAAUGGGGAUUGGAAUAGGUGAAACGAAGCCCUUUAGGCUUGUAUUUCCAGAAUCAUGGAAACAAGAGAACCUUCGGGGUAUUUGUGUUCAAUUUACAGUUGAAUGCAAGGAGCUAUUUUAUAGAGAUUUACCAGUUUUGGAUGACUCCCUUGCUAGCAAACUUAUUUCAGGAUGUAGCACCUUGAGUGAGGUCAGGCAGUCAAUACUGCAAACAUGUAAGGAAGUGGAACAAACUGCAAUUGAACGAGCAACAGACAAUGCACUUCUGGAUGCUCUUACUAAGAUUGUAGCAGUUGAGAUCCCUCAGUCCAUAUUUGAGGAGCAAGGCCGACAACUUUAUGGAGCCAGGCUUCUACAACUGCAGGCAAACAUGAAACUAAGUGAACAGCAGCUGGCAUCACUUUCAAGUGAAAAAGCCGUAAAUGAGUAUUUGGACAGCCAGAAAGAGAACAUAACAAAUCUAGUAAAACAGAUGCUUGCUGUUGGUGAGAUAUAUAAACGUGAAAAUUUGCAGUAUUCAUUAGAGGAGCUGGAGAAAGAAGUACAAAAUUCAGUUGCAGAAUUCAAAAGCCAUGAUCAGGAAUAUGAUGAGAAACGUGUAAGGGAACAGGUCCAAGAUAUUCUUGAGGGAGCGAAAGUGUUGGAGUGGUUAAGAGAACAUGCAGAUAUCCAAUAUGUAACCAGGUAAGAUAGUGUAAAGCCAUUUUCUUGUGUGAUUUUUUUUUCAUUUUGAGGCACAAGUCAGAAAAUGUAGAGACCUUUAAAUAAGUUACGAAUAAAAGGGAAGUUAUCUUUGUGGUUGGACUUGUUAUCUCUGUUUUCAUGUUACCUGCUUUACGUGGAGGUUAAGCUUAUUGAGAUCAUUUUAAUUUUUUCU